CGGGUGUGGAGGAAGAGGUUGGACAUUAGGCGAGGCAAACAUGCCUGGGCACCCGAAGAAGAAGGCUUUCUCCACCUUGGGUUCUCCACAGACCUCUCCUGUGCGGAACACAACCUUGACAGACUCAUCGCUCGCACGCGGGCCGCGACGGAUGGCUGCCCCGCUUCCGGCUCCGGUCACUCACUCAGCGCCGUUGUCGUUCUCGGGCACUUCGUCGUACGCGGCGUCAUACGCUCCACGCCGUGGCUUGGAUGUGCAUCGUCUGCCGCCGCCACACGCCCAACGACGCUCGCGCCCGCGUCCGUCGCUCGCCCUCAUGCGGCUGCACGCCGGCGCAGGCCGAAGCCUCAAUGAGAUUGAGGCUGCUGCCCUCGCUGACGCUGAUGAAGAGAGAAGGCUCCGCCGCGCCGCCGAAGAGCGCGCCCGUGCCGCACAUCAUCCGGCGGCAGCAUGGGCCCACGCGCCUGUCCCACGCCCGCGGGUCGUCCACUCGACGCUCGCCGACACCCACGCCCGGCUCUUCCCGCCGGCUAGGCCGUCGCUCCCGCGUCGCGCGCUCUCCCGCGCCUCGGCCUCCUAUCCGCAUCCGCGUCCGUACCCGUCUCCGAGCCAGCAGCUCCGUGCUGCAUCGUCACUUGGUCUCCGCCAUGAGCUCCCACCGCCUCCGCCGGCACCCCGCCAUCGCGACGCUUGA